CACUUCCUGGUUUGGGUUACAUGUCUGACACUGCUUGAGUGACUCGCAAGUCGUCAGUCAAUAACAACUAUUGCUAACUGAGCUCUCAGUGUAUGAUCGACUGGAUAUAUAUGGCAGGGGUCUGAUGGAAGAAAUCAAAGCAUGACCUAUCGGGCACACAGAACGAGCUGGAAGGAUGGGGACUGUGUUGAGAUGCAAGAGGAUGGGAAAGAGGACCAGACUGAAAGGAAUGACCUGCAAUCCUUGGGGUGGUUCCAUGAGAAUCUCUCCCGGCAUGCAGCAGAAGCUCUUCUGCUUACAAAUGGACAGGACGGAAGUUAUCUCCUGAGAAAUAGUGACUCCACCGCCAAUGUAUACUCAUUGUCAGUCAGGGCCAAGGACUCUGUUAAACACUUUCAUGUCCAUCAAAAUGGAACUUCAUUAAAGUUCGGAUUCAAUGAAUUCUCAAAUGUAGAAGAGUUUACUCAACAUUUUGCUAACCAGCCUUUGAUUGGAAGUGAAUCAGGUACUUUAAUCUUAUUGAAACAUCCUUACCCUCGGGAGGUUGAAGAGCCAUCGAUAUAUGAAUCUGUCAGAGUUCAUACUGCCAUGCAGACUGGUCGAUCUGGAACUGACCUUGUACCUAUGGCCCCCUCGCUGGGCACGAAAGAGGGUUAUCUUACAAAACAAGGAGGACGUGUGAAGAGCUGGAAAACCAGGUGGUUUAUACUGACACGAAAUGAGCUGAAAUAUUAUAAGGACCGGUUGGCCCAGGAGCCAAUAAAGACAUUAGAUCUUACAGAGUGCAGUGCUGUACAAUUUGAUUAUUCACAGGAGAAAGUCAACUGUUUCUGUUUAGUAUUCCCACUGAGAACAUAUUACCUCUGUGCAAAAACAGGAGCAGAAGCAGAUGAAUGGAUUAAGAUUUUAAGAUGGAAAAUGUCUCAAAUAAGAAGACGGACAACUUUGAAAUGAAGGAGGCCUCAGUCAUAACUGGAAGAAUCAUGCUACAUCUAUGGUGUAUCUUGUCUCGCCCAUAGAAAAUAAGAAUCUGUGUGUUCAUUAUUUCAUACAAUGUGAAAAAUAGGUCUUGAAAGUGACAAUAUUUCUAACUGACAAUUGUUUUUUUAAGCAAGUUGCCCAAAAACCUUUUCCACAUUAAUGGGGAUUUCAAUCGUUUUUGGGCACGUCUAAGUAAUGGAUACCCGACUGGCAAUAUUCACUUGUUGUGAGAGUCCCGCAGGCGCCCAUUACUUAUCACACUUGUCACAUCCAACAGCACCAGGUUUAGAUGCGUAGAGUGGCUAAACCCAUGCAAAGUAUUGGGUGCGCUGACGUAAGUUUGGGCACACAAAAGCCCAACUUUUCGUGGAUUUCUCCUGACCACCUCCAGAAAUAACGGACGCCCGCGGCCAGGGGUGUAUCUAGGGGUCUGAGGAAUUACGGCGAGGGUACAGGCAGGGACACUGAGGUGGAAUUACAGGAGGGUACGGGUAGGGACACUGAGGGGGAAUUACGGGGAGGGUAGGGGCAGGGACACUGAGGUGGAAUUACAGGAGUGUGCAAGCAGGGACACUGAGGGGGAAUUACGGGGAGGGUAGGGGCAGGGACACUGAGGUGGAAUUACAGGAGUGUGCAAGCAGGGACACUGAGGGGGAAUUACGGGGAGGGUAGGGGCAGGGACACUGAGGUGGAAUUACAGGAGUGUGCAAGCAGGGACACUGAGGGGGAAUUACGGGGAGGGUAGGGGCAGGGACACUGAGGUGGAAUUACAGGAGUGU